GCGGCACGUGCCGCCCCACUCGUCAAACGCAGGCGCAGUCGAACGGGGCGGUACAGCAUGCGCUGUGGCGAACCAGUGAGGGCGGGUUCGCGGCGCAGGCGCACUGGCGACUAACGGAAACGGGGGGUGGGACGGCUGCGCACGCCCUUGGCGCGGAAGAGGGGAGCUGGCGCCUGCGCAGUGCGCUCGGGCGGCGCGGCCCCGCUGACAGCAGGCGGGAGGGGCGGGGGCUGAUGGCGGCCGGGUCCGGAGGCAGGAAGCCCGGCGCCCCGCGAGACGCGGAGUCCGAGGUCUGGUCCCGCCGCGUCAGGGACCUGGUGGGCUCCGGGCCCGGCAAUCGCCUCUGCUUCGAGUGCGGCCAGCGCGGCGUCACCUACGUGGACAUCACGCUGGGCACCUUCGUGUGCACGGGCUGCUCGGGCGCGCUCCGGGGCCUGAACCCCCCGCACCGCGUCAAAUCCAUUUCCAUGACCACCUUCACCGAGCCCGAGGUGCUGUUCCUGCAGGCCCACGGCAAUGAGGCCUGCCGGAAGGUUUGGCUGGGCUCCUUUGAUCCCCGCACGUCGCUGCUCCCAGACUCCAGGGACCCGCAGAAAGUGAAGGAGUUCUUGCAGGAGAAAUAUGAGAAGAAGCGAUGGUAUGUCUCGUCGGAUCAAGCCAGGGGAGCCACCUCCCUGGCCAGCCAGAGCUCCACCCCAGAGGUGAAGCCCCAGCAGACCCUUCUAGGGGAUUCAGGAGCGCUCCUCACAGCUGCCGGAUCCAGCCGGAGCUUGGGCCAGCCCCGCCUGCCGCACCAGCGCACCUCCCAGCCGGCCAAGAAAGCCAGCACGGACCUCCUGGCGGAUAUAGGCGGGGACCCUUUCGCCGCCCCCCAGCCGGCUCCCGCCUUCGCCAUGUUCCCUGCCUUCCCGGGCCAGACUCCAGCCCAUGCUGCCUUUGCCAAUUUUGAUGCCUUUGGGUGCAGCCCAGUAGCGUCGGCAUUCGGGGGGGCAUCGGUGCCAUUCCACACCCAGCCGACAGCCGCAGCCAGUCGGACAGUCCCAGGCGGUUACAGCUUUGCAGGGGGUGCUCAGGUGAGCGGCUUCGGCGCCUCCCCCUCCAGCCACCCUAGCAGUGGGAUCCCGGACAUGGGCGGAGCACCCAGCAGCCUCUUCGGGAGCCUGAGCCAGCCGGCGGCCCGGCCCCCGCCCGGCCCCGUGCCCGCCUAUGGGGCCUACGCCAACCCCUUCGCCCCGCCUGCCGCCCCGCCCGCCCGGCCCAACACCAACCCCUUCCAGCCCAACGGCACUGUGCCAGGUUCCAGUUUUGAUGGGUUUGCUGCAGCCCAGUUGGGGCAGCCGGUCGGGAUCUCCACCAAUCCCUUCAUGACGGCAGCUCCAUCCCCGCCCUUCGUCAUCAAGCAUCCAGCCACCAACCCCUUCUUAUAGCGAGGUGCCCGGACGGCUGCUCUGGGCUGGAAGUGCCCAUCCCCACACACACCCCGCGCCGGCUUCUGGCUGUGCAGCCCUGACGCCGUGGGGAUGGGCUGGAACACGUGCUUUAACUACUGCAAUGGCUUCUAAGGGAACCGGCCCCGAGGAGAGCAGUUCUGGGCCCAGCACCGAGGCAUUCUGGGACUUCUAGUCUCGGUGGGGAUUUUUCAGCAGGGCAUGCUGGGAAAGUGGAGGGGGCAGGAAUGUGGGUCGGGGGUUAGCUGGCUCUUAAGCGGGGUUUGGGAUUCUGCUGGGUCUUGUGGUCCAGAGGGGAACCCCAGGGGAGCUGGAGGCGGGGCAGCAAUGCAUGCUGGGAAAGGGAGCCCUCUCUGCUUCUCCUCCCAAGCAAGAGGGGCUGGGAGCCCUGGGGGGCUCUGCUCUGGGAGGCUGGGCUGUCCCCUUCUGAGCUGCUCUGACCCCACCCCGGUCUAGGCUCUGCCUGAGUGAGAUUCUCCCCACCCAGACCCACUAACACUGCAGCCCCGGCCCCUCCUCGUGGGGUGGAACCCAGGAGUCCUGGCUCCUCACUACCCCUCCCCCCUGCUGUCACCCCAUCCUUGGCCAGUUGCUUCGUCGCAGCCUCCUCCAUUCCAGCCCCCCUACUCCCCAGACAGGGAUGGGGGAACCUGGCCCGGCCUUCAGCCCCCCCGGCUCUGCCUCACGGGCUGCUGGCCCUCGAAUUACUGCCCCCCUCCCCUAUUGGGGGGCUGACCGUAGCCACUGGGCGUCCCAGAUCCCAGCCCCACAACAGCAUCCCCAGCAUGGACUGCCCCCCUGACGGCGUGCACUCAGCGGGGAGGGGGACCCCGAUCUACACCAGGCCUGCACCGAGGGCAGCCCCCCUCUGCUGCAAGCGCUGGGGAGAGAACCCAGGAGUCCUGACUCACAGCCCCCCGGCUCUAAUCCACCAGCCCCCACUCCCCUCCCAGAGCCGGGGAGAGAAUCCAGGUGUCCUGGCUCCCAGCCCCUCCUGCUCUGACCCACCAGCCCCCACUCCCCUCCCAGAACCGGGGAGAGAACCCAGGAGUUUUGGCUCCCAGCCCGCCCUGCUCUAACCCAUCAGCCCCUACUCUCCUCCCAGAGCCGGGGAGAGAACCCAGGCGUCCUGGCUCCCUCCUGCCCCACCAUUUGCUAAUUUCUUUGUCAGUUUCCUCUCCUCUUGGGAUCUUUUUCCUGCCCCUCCAUCCCCAGGACGCCCCCAAAUGCUGCUGCCAAUGGGCAUUCCCCCCCCCCGUGGGAGAUCACUCCCCACUGCUGCUUUGGACAAAUAUCCCCUCGCUCAGCUUCACACCCUCUCCUGGUUGUGGGGGGCCAUGCUUUGUCCCCUCACCCCCCCCCCCCCCCGGAACAAGGGGCCGCGCUGGCAGUAUUUUUCUGAGAGAAAAGUGAAUGAUCUUUUUAAUAUAUAGAGAUGUUUUUGGCGCUGGAAAUGGUUCUCUCGAGAUCGCUCUAUAAAAUCUAUAUUGGACCUUU